GAUUACGUAAUGCAAUAGAGUAUAAUAAGUCUAAUAGGUUGGUAUUGAGAUUAAGUUUGUUGGAGAGGUUGUAUGUUUUCUUUUCUAUGAAUUUAGCAGCAGAGUUGGCUGCAAUAUUAAAUAUACAUUUGCUUAGAAUGUGGGUUGAGUUUAAAGUACAUCCUGUACAUGGUGUGCAAUUAUAG